GCCAUUAUAACUUUGUAUAUAUUCAGUUGCGCAAUUAUUCGAAAGAAAAGAAUUUCACUCAUUAAAAUAAAUGUCUUAUAUUUUUAUUCUUGGAAUAUUCUUCUGUCUGCUUAACCGCCGUGAUGCCAUUCGUUGUUUUGAAUGUCAGUAUGUUCCAUUUCCACGUGACUGUACAAAAGUCAUAGAAUGCGGAGUCGACGAGUAUUGUUUCACAGAGCAAUUAGUAACCACUGGUGGUAAUGUUGUUUUUAACACUGGAUGUCUUAACAAUACGCGUUGCUCUCCUAGUGGCACAUCGCUGAUUGGGAAAAGGUCGAAAAAUCAAAGUCCUUCUGGCAUCAAAACAUGCAUGGAAUGCUGCAAGAACGAUUUUUGCAACAAGAUUGGUUGUGGAACCAGCGAAAUUCCUCUCACACAACGAGGUCCAUACUGUUUUAACUGUGAUGUUGCAGUUGAUCCUAAAGCUUGCAAUGAUGUUACUAUCUGUGGUAAAAACGAGUUGUGUAUGUUGUACUCUCUACUUCAAUAUGAUGGUUUUCCGCAAACAAUCUACAAAGGUCAAUGUGUAACACAACAGGUAUGUGACGUAGUGUCAAAAGCGUUAAGCAGUCGCAAGUGUGCUCCCAUGUGUUGUAAAACAGAUCUGUGUAACGACCAUUGUGGUAUUUCUUCAAAUAUUACCACGACAUCAAAGAUGCUUACUACUCAUACAACACGGACAAAACAUCCAGCUGUAGAUAUGUCAACACAAUCAAUUUUCACAACUCAAGGAACAAUUGAUCCAACAACAAUACCUACCAACAAUGCAUACUUUCACUGCGACACACAUGGGCCUUACAUUCAUUUACAGAAUGCAAAUACACACCUAUGCGUUCAUAUGGUAUUAAAACAUGCUACUUGGAAUGAUGCACGUCAUGCAUGCAAGCAGGAAGGAGGGGAUCUUGUUGUCCUAGAUACGUAUGAAAAGGCCGUGUUAAUGAGAAACAAAAUUGCGGAGUCUCAACACCUUGGCUUUUGGAUAGGAGCACGAGAUUUCAACCAAAACGAUCAUUUCUUAUGGAUAAACCAACAUCCUGUUGAUGAUUCCUUGGCAGACUGGGGGCACAACCAACCUAAUCAUAUCCACAAAGGUAUUGAUCAAGACUGUGUUUACAUGCCAAAACAUACUGAUUACACAUGGCACGAUACCGAUUGUGAAAAAGAUCAUUUCGAUUACAUAUGUGAAAAACAAUAAACAUAUGUAAAUGUUUUAA